GAUUAUAAAUUAUUGAAACUACUAAACAUUCCACAUUAAAAAAAAAUAGUUGGUGUAAAAUUUUGUUACACAAAUAUGCAAAUAAUUAGAAAAUCAUAUGAGUAGAAACCUUAUUUAAUAAAUAUUCAUAUUAAAAGUAUACUAUAUAUAUAUAUAUGUUAAUAUCAUUUAAAUUUAAUUAUAUAUCAUAUACGAUAGAUAAGAUUGAUUGUUUUGAUUUAUUUACACUAAAAUGAUUGUGAAUAAACAAGAACAGUCGUUUGAUUUAUAUGCGCACACCAAUUUAAUAGUAACUGAUUUUUUAGUUAUUUAAUAUAUAAUUAUUAUUUCAUAAUAUGCAGAAAAAUAUAAAAUAAAUAUGCAGGAAAACAUAAAAUCAUUAAUAAAUAUAAAAUAUUUAUUCUGCACAAGGCGCAUAUCUUAACGUAAGCAUGUAUCUCUUCAAUAAUUUUAAAUCUUAAACAUUUUCUAAAUCUCAGGCCAAAAUAAAAUAACGAAAUGAGAAUAAACUCAAAAAUCAAUAUUUAUAUCGAGCAAUAACCAAAAUGAAAAAGUGACACAAAAUUGAGAAAAAUAUUGAAGAAUAUAUGAUUGACACGUGAACGUUAAACUUCUCAUAACCACAAUUAACUUUUAAAUUGCUAAAUCAUGAUAUAAAACCGACUUGACAUAGUUUCAUUCUAACCACAUAGUUUGCCUAAGAUUCUUUGGCCUAAACGUUAGGCUCUUACGCGAUAAGUGAUUUUUUUGACCUAAAAUAUUUUUGAAAAUGGGAUCAGCUCAUUAAUAAACAAAUUAUGUAAUUAACAAAAAAAAAUUAAGAUUUUGUUUAAGGACCAAAAAUAUUAAUUCGAUAUUUUUUCAUACGAUAUUUUUUAAAUAAUUUUCAUGCAAAGCGCAUGUCUUAUUCUAGUAUUAUAUUAAUAUAUGGAAUGUAAUAUUUACAGUUUUUCUUUUCCUUUUUUAUUUAUUAUAGUAAUAGAAGGAUAUCAACUUGAUAAAAAAAAAUAAGAAGUAAUAUAUAGAAGGAUAUCAACAUGCUAACUUUAAUACAAUAUAAUUAAUUAAGAUUUAUAGUUAGCUUUAACCAUUAGGUCCUAUAAAUAAAGCACCAAUUCACCAACCUUUGUAUUCAUUCAUCAUUUCCCUCUCUAUCUUUUCGAAUACUCUGCAACUAUGUCGAAGAAGAUCACCCUCAAGAGCUCCGACGGCGUAUCUUUCCAGGUCGAUGAAGCCGUUGCGCUCAUGUCUCCGAGAAUCAAGCGCAUGAUCGAAGACGACCGCACCGGUAAUGGAAUCACUAUUCCAAACGUGAACAGUGCAGCCCUCGCAAAGGUUAUCGAGUACUGCAAGAAGCACGUCGAAGCCAACGCUGAUGACACUGAGCUCAAGGCUUGGGACUUAGAUUUCGCCAGAGCUCUCGAGGGCCUCGACAAGGAUGCUUUCUUCGCUGUCGCCUCUGCUGCACAUUCUCUGAACAUCGGUGGACUUUUUGACCUAACGUGCAAGAGUGUGGCCGAAAUGGUGAGCGGCAAGACUGUAGAUCAGAUUCGCGAUAUCUUCCACAUCAAGAACGACUAUACAGAUGCGGAAGAAGCUAAGAUGCGCAAGGAGAAUGCAUGGGCCUUUGAGUGACUUGAAGUUGUGCUAUGUUGUUUCUUUUCUCUUUUGGUUUGAAUAAUUAAGUGUGUAACAAACCUUAUUUAUCUUUUAUUAUAUGGUUUAAUAAAAACAUAUUAUAUAUCAGCUUUGCUUGUUACAACGAACGGACUUCUAACUCUGUACAUUCCAUUAGACCAUGUGAUUGAACCAAACGCAUCUUCUUUAAGUGUAGAUGUAGAAGAUGAAAAGAUCCCUUGGUAGCUUAGUGUAUCUCCUAUCUUCUUCUUGAAGUGUAGACUUGUUGGUAUCACUCUGACUCGUAACCCUUUUGGUGCAUUGAUGCUCACGUUGUCGACAGUGUCAUCUCCAGUGAGGCGUGAUGCUACACUAGUCACCCUUCAUCUUUUUUUUCCAACAAAACCCUUCUGCUUUCUUCUCCAUUGAAGUUUGAGACUUAGAUUGAUGGGGUAGUUGAUGUUAGAUAUGUCUCCCUUGUUGCUUUGCUCAGGACAAGCAAAGCCUUAUGCUAUGCGGUUUGAGAUCUUUCUGAUCUGAUCAGAAGUGAACCCGGAUAGCAGAGAAAGUCUAGUGAGCUAUUUUUCUUGGUUACUGGAUGUGUAUGUGUAUCUAGCCAUGGCCCAUGUCUUCUGGCUAAGUUGAAUAUUCUAUGUUGGUUGUUUAUUUGAUCAUCAACUCAAAGGGUGGAUAUGCGAGCAAUACAACGAGUACACAUCUAGCCAAGUCUAAAAAUAUCAUAGUCUUGUAUCACAAAUGUUCAAUAUACACGUCACGAGAUCUACUAGGGUAUAUAUAUUUUGCUUCAUUAGUUUUUUGUUUUUGAUGAGAGAAGCUCCGAGCGCAUGAUCGUUUGGCUUUCAUUAUUAAGUUAGCAGUUGCCAUAGCACCGAUGCAUAAUCUUAAUUGGGCAGUAAGUAUCAUGACCAUCGUUACAAAAUAAUGCAAGAGUAAUAUUGCCGAUAUGCAGUCCCGACUCUUGACUACACGGGAGGUUGCCCUCUGGAUACACGGGCCCACAAUUAUUUUUAGAGUUAUUUUAUUAAUUAUAGAGGUGUAUUUCAACUUCUCUUUUUACAACAAAAAACAUUUUAUUACUCAAUUUUAAAGUGGUCUGGUUAAUCAGUCUAAAAUGGAAUAACCAACAUAAGAAAGAGACAUAUGAAAAAAGAUCGAACAGAUCUAGCUAAAUGAUCAUGCAGUCCUAUUCUGUUUCCGAGAAGUAUAAGCUUAUCCUAAAAUCUUCUCUUCAGUUUUUGAAUCUCUUCCAUUUAUGUCGAGAAAAUCAGCCAUACCAGAAGUUACUUUAGCAUUUGUAUUUUAAAUUGUUAAAAGACUAAAUACUUGGUAACAUUAUAAUAUAAUGUCCAUAAUCAACUAAAACUAACUCACACACAACAAAAAUACAAAACCCUAUAAAUUAGUUGUAUGUUUCACUAUUUUAUAAUUUUUCCGAUGAAAAAAUUAUAUUGUUCAACUUAAGAAAAUUCAAUAAAGAAAAGUUAAAGAAAAUGUUUAUAAAAGAGCCCAUAUCAAUAUUUCACCAAAACUAUUAAAUUGGUUAAA